AUGGCCCAUGUAUCCUCCAAGAAAGCAGCAAGAGCUCGACGUGCCACCACAAGGCCACUGGCGAUUCGAGCGCUCAUUUUUGUUGGUGCAGCCUCUGCGUGCCUGACUCUCGGACUGACGCUGUUUCGACCAGCGCCGAUGGAGCGAUCCGGCCUCAUUGCCCUGGAAGGAGGGGGAAACAGUACAAGCCUAAGCAUUCCAAUUGCCAGCGGCAACAUGCAGGCGUUCCCGCCUUCGUCCGCUCGUCGUGGCGAUGACCAGCGUGCAUUGCCUAAGAAGCGCUCGGCAAUUUCCGAUUCCCAGCGCCUACGUCCUGGGGAAGACAUUAUUCUACAGCGCAAGGACAUCAAUCGCAGCAGUGAAGAGACUGGAAAGGUGACUGGUCCACCGAUCAGCAAAGGAAGCACUGAAGGAUUGACACUGAAAGCUUUCGAGAAAAAACGCAACGACUCUGCUAUCAAUGGCGUCACAGCGCGAGAUUCAGAGACAAGAAGCGGCGACUACCCGGAAGACAAAGUUCAAGCCUUCACGCUGUGGGAUGAGUUCCCUUCGAAUGCUCCUGGCGGCCAAAUUGAAGCACACUAUGGAGGACAAUCGUCUUUUGGGCUACCGGCACUGACCGUCAAGCCGGAGAAUCGCACUGGCACUUACGCUGCAAACUGCAGCGAUUUGAUAUCGGCUUCAAUGCUGGUGACCUUGACCGCUACAGACGUGGCGACAGACGUCCUUAGCGUGUCGGAAUUUGACAGCACGCACGAGUCCGCAUUGGAGACGAGCUCCCCGGAAAUGAUGUCUCCCUCAAUGUUAGUCACCAUGUCUGACGUGGACGGGAUUCCGAGCGAGAUUGUUCCUACCGAUGCUACGGCCUCCACCAUGGCUGGCAGUGGCGUUUCUGAGAGUAGCGGGGACAUGACGUCGUCCGCUGAGGUGGUUACCGUUGGGAGCAGCGAGGUAUUCACGGAAGAGAUUAGCACCGACCAAAGCACCGCGGAAAUGGCCUCGCCCUCCAUACCGGUCACCGUUGGGAGCAGCGAGGUAUUCACGGAAGAGAUUAGCACCGACCAAAGCACCGCGGAAAUGGCCUCGCCCUCCAUACCGGUCACCGACGGGAGCAGCGAGGUAUUCACGGAAGAGAUUAGCACCGACCAAAGCACCGCGGAAAUAGUCUCGCGCUCCAUACCGGUCACCGACGGGAGCAGCGAGGUAUUCACGGAAGAGAUUAGCACCGACCAAAGCACCGCGGAAAUGGCCUCGUCCUCCAUACCGGUCACCGACGGGAGCAGCGAGGUAUUCAUGGAAGAGAUUAGCAUCGACCAAAGCACCGCGGAAAUGGCCUCGUCCUCCAUACCGGUCACCGACGGGAGCAGCGAGGUAUUCACGGAAGAGAUUAGCAGCGGACAAGGCUCCGUGGAAAUGGCCUCAUCAUCGAUGCCGGUCACCAACGGGGAUCAGGAGACAGUCACAGAAGUGAUCAGCAGCGAGACAAAGCCCGCAGAGACGUUCUCGAGCACGUUACUUGUCACGGGCGCAGUGAGCGAGAUAGUGACGGAAGUUAUCGAUAGCGAGAACACCCCGGACGUGAUCUCGAUCGCGAUACCAGUCACAAGCGGGUACAGCGAGGCGGUUUCAGAAAUAAUUAAACCGGACGAGUCGACGACGGCGGGGCCCGUAAUUACUGCUGUGGACGCAAUCACGGCCACCGAUUUGAUCGACUUUACGGAGGAGGUCAAGGCCACGUCAAACUGGAGCACUGCGCAGCUGCCGCGUCUUGAGCUGCAAGAAAUGAUACUCAUUUUUGCUCUAAACCUCUCGGAAACCCAGGAACUAAGAAAAUGA